GCUCUUUUGUGCACAUGGGCUCUGUGUUCAGCUUUUUCCGAGUUGGCUGACAGGCUACUAAAUCAGGAAAUACUUUUAAAGACGACAAACACAGAUUCAUUGCGAUGCGUUUUUGUGAUUGGGGUCGUUUGCGAUGCUGGGUGUUUAAUAAUACACACCGAGAGAGUUGACGAGUCGUUUCAGAAAGAUCCGCAAUUUGAUUCCUCAGAUAUGAUUUAACAGUUAGUUACUGAUAAAGGUUUGUUGAUGACAACCUUCAUAUUAAUUUAAUCAUGUCAAGAUCAAGUCGAACAGCGAAAAAUGACGAAGACUACUCUUUCGUUAGCCCAGUGGUCAAAUAUCUACUUUUCUUCUUCAACAUGAUAUUUUGGAUAAUUGCAAUGGUCUUGAUAUCUGUUGGGAUUUAUUCCAGAAUAGUAAAACAUGAGACAGCAUUUGCCUGUCUGACUGUUGAUCCUGCUCUGAUACUGAUGAUAGUGGGGGUCCUGAUGUUCUUCCUCACUUUCUGUGGCUGCGUGGGAUCUCUGAGAGAAAACAUCUGCUUACUGCAGACGUUCUGCAUCUGCUUGACUAUACUCUUUCUGCUGCAGCUAGUGGCUGGUGUUCUAGGUUUUGUCUUUUCAGACAAGGCACGUGGCAAAGUUACAGAAAUGCUCAACAGCGCAAUGAAGCAUUACAGAGAUGAUCUAGAUCUACAAAAUCUCAUUGACUAUGGACAAACAGAGUUUAACUGCUGUGGAGGAGUCUCUUACAUGGAUUGGUCUCAAAACAUCUACUUUAAUUGUUCUGAAGAGAACCCCAGUCAUGAACGCUGCUCAGUUCCCUACUCCUGCUGUCUGCUCGCUAAAAACGAGACUGUUAUAAAUACUAUGUGUGGUCAUGGGAUGCAGAAGAAAGAUUAUCUCUCAGCUAGUGAAUUUAUCAAUACCAACGGCUGUAUUGAUAAAGUAGUCAACUGGAUCCACAGCAACCUUUUUUUACUGGGAGGCAUUGCGCUGGGCCUGGCCAUCCCACAGCUGGUGGGAAUCGUGCUCUCCCAAGUCCUUAUCAGUCAAAUUCAAGAUCAGAUUAAAUUACAGGACUACAACCUUCGACAUCACUCAGAUCCCUGGAGCUGAACUCCCUGUAUAUGUGUUUUUGUAGGCAUUCAGCGAAACCAAACUGUAUUUGAUUGUCAUCAGCAUGGGAACGCAUUGCUGUCUGAGUUGACUCAGACGUAUUGCAUUUUGAACAAGGAGAACAUAGCUCACAAAAUCAUGUCUUCAUGUGCAAUAUAAUCUUGUAUAAAUCAGCAGGCCAAUAAAACUAUUUUGGGGUAUUUUUUGUACACCACAUUUUGUUGUUUGAGAAUUAAGGAUACCCUAAUUACUCGUGUACUAUAUUUAUUGAGAGCUAUGUAAUUUCCAUCCAUAAAUCCAGGCAAUAACCAACUACAACGUUGUUUGCUGGUGUUUGUUAUUUUAGUUUGUAAGAUCAGUCUGAAUGGCCCCCUUUUUUUUUUUAGUAAGAAGUCACACACUGAAGUUGCAGUAAUGUAUUACAUUGUUUUAAAUACAUCCUAUAAGGAGUUUGCAUAGAAAGGAUAAAUCUGAAAAGGGCUUGAAAAUAUUUUUCUCUACAAAAGGGUCCGGUGGAGAAAGUUUGUGAACCACUUAAACCAAGAGAAUGAUUCUGUAUCAUUUUGAAUAAGACAAUGGACACUAUUUUUAAUUUUUAAACCAAGAAUUUUGGACUUAUAACAAACUGUUACAAUUUUGUGUUAUGUUAAGCAGUUUAAACUGAAAUAAAUCCGGUUUAUACAUGUCUAACCUAAUUCUAUACAUUCCAUAUUAUUGUUGUGCAAAUGGGGUCCUUGGACUUUGCUUGGAGACCCCACUGAGUAUAUUGAGAUUAAUUAUUAGCUAUAUUAUUGUUGUAUUAGUCAGAUAAGAUUAUUGGGAUUGCUUUGGAUUUUUGGAUUUGGACUGGUUGUUGAUUUAGAUUGCCCUGUUGGAUUUGUUUGCUUUUUGUGACCUGUUAUUUUGUCUUUGUAAUAGUGCCAGCAAGAAAGAGCAACUCCUCGCCUGUCUGGGAGUAUUUUGAAAUUGUUGUUCACAAUAAAGUAUGAGUAAUUGUUACAUUUUACCAUGUUAAUGUAAUAAUUAUAAGUCAAACUUUAUGGCAGUAUAGCCUUCAUGUCCAUUAUUUCAUGUUUCAAGACUACCUCAAGACUACCACCCCAGAC